GAGCGGGGAGACUGUGUCGGGCAGGAGAGCCUGACAGGGACUGAGAUGAAGGGGAACGCUCGGGUAGGGAAGGAGAGGGGGAGCCCCUACUCCGGGUCUGGAGGGCCGGCGAGCAGUCUCCAGCCUUCUGUGGCACGGAAGGAAGAUCUUUCCUUUCCUCUCCUAGACUCUUCAUGUAUGUUCUUGGACAGCCCACCUACUGUGUGCUGUCCAUGAACAGGCAUGACUCCUGGUACCGAGCGCGAAGCUAUGCCCACCACUAUGCUAAAUGCCUCCUGUGGACCGUCUCAGGGUCCUCCCAGCAACGGAUGGGAGGCAGGUACCAUUUCACCGAAGAGGAAACUGAGGUUUGGAGCGGUUACUGGGUCAUGCAGGUUGCAGAGCUAGUGUGCGGUAGACGGUAGCCGAGGGCAGGUGUUCUGAUCCCCAGACUUGGCGGUUCUUAGCAUUACGCGGCUUUUGAGUUAAUUGCUUCGUUCUCCGAGGUUUAGCGGAAAACAACUCUUGAGGAGGAGUUUCAGUGACUGUUAAUGCAUAGUCCCCUCCCUCAUCUCUUCUUGAGGAAACUGCUCAGAAAGUUGAGAGAUUGGUUUCCAGGUGCCGUAUGUCAUAAAUCAGGACUGCAAGCAGUGUUCCGGCUCUUUGGCCCACUGUCGUCCAGACCAAAGGAUCCCUCUGAUGCCUACUCAGUCCUUAUUUUUCCAGGCACUGCCCUUCCAGUGAGGAGCUUGAAGUAGGACGACAGAGGAGCUGUCAUAAAUUCUUAAGUUCUUAAAGCCAUGUCCAAGGUUUUGGUGACAUUUGGGGAUGUGGCUGUAGAUUUCUCUCAAGAGGAGUGGAAAUGGCUGAACCCUGCUCAGAGGAAUUUGUACAGAAAGGUGAUGUUGGAGAACUAUAGGAGCCUGGUAUCACUGGCAGGAGUUUCAGUUUCUAAGCCAGAUGUGAUCUCAUUAUUGGAACAAGGAAAAGAACCCUGGAUGGUGAAGAAGGAGGGGACAAGAGGCACAUGCCCUGAUUGGGAGUAUACAUUUGAAAACAAUGAGUUUUCAUCAAAGCAAGUUAUUUAUGAAGAAACGUCCAAACUAGUGAAAAUGGGAAGAAGCCAUCUUAGUUACAGCCUUGACUGCCCCAGUUUGAGAGAAGACUGUAAAAGUGAGGACUGGCUUAAGAACCAGUCAGGAAGUCAGGAAGUACAUUCCAGACAACUGAUCAUCACUCAUAAAGGAAUCCUUACUGAAGAUCCAAGUAAUGAAUAUACUAAAUCUUGGCAAACUUUCCAUCAGGAUGCAAUAUUUGAUAUACAAAAGACUUUUCCCACCAAAGAAAGAGUACAUAAGCAUGAACCACAAAAGAGAAGUUACCGGAAAAAAUCUGUUGAAAUGAAACAUAAGAAAGUCUAUAUGCAGAAGAAACUUUUGAAAUGUAAUGAAUGUGAGAAAGUUUUCAACCAGAGCUCAUCCCUUACUCUUCAUCAGAGAAUUCAUACUGGAGAGAAACCCUAUGCAUGUGUUGAAUGUGGGAAAACCUUCAGCCAGAGUGCAAACCUCGCUCAACAUAAGAGAAUACAUACUGGUGAGAAACCCUAUGAAUGUAAAGAAUGUAGGAAAGCCUUCAGCCAGAAUGCACACCUUGCCCAACAUCAGAGAGUUCAUACUGGAGAGAGACCUUAUCAGUGUAAAGACUGUAAAAAAGCCUUCAGUCAAAUUGCACACCUGGCUCAACAUCAGAGAGUUCAUACUGGAGAGAGACCUUUUGAAUGUAUUGAAUGUGGAAAAGCCUUCAGUAACGGUUCAUUUCUUGCUCAGCAUCAGAGAAUCCAUACAGGAGAGAAACCCUAUGUAUGUAAUGUGUGUGGGAAAGCCUUUAGCCAUCGUGGAUACCUAAUUGUACAUCAGAGAAUUCAUACUGGAGAGAGACCGUAUGAAUGUAAGGAAUGUAGAAAAGCUUUCAGCCAAUAUGCACACCUUGCUCAACAUCAGAGAGUUCAUACUGGAGAAAAACCUUACGAAUGUAAAGUAUGCAGGAAAGCCUUCAGCCAGAUUGCAUACCUUGAUCAACAUCAGAGGGUUCACACUGGAGAGAAACCCUAUGAGUGUGCUGAAUGUGGGAAGGCCUUUAGCAAUAGUUCGUCACUUGCACAACAUCAGAGAAGUCAUACUGGAGAAAAACCUUAUAUGUGCAAGGAAUGUAGGAAAACAUUUAGCCAGAAUGCAGGCCUUGCUCAACAUAAGCGAAUUCAUACUGGAGAGAAACCUUAUGAAUGUAACAUUUGUGGGAAGGCCUUUAGCUAUAGUGGAUCUCUUACUCUACAUCAAAGAAUUCAUACAGGAGAGAGACCCUAUGAAUGUAAGGAUUGCAGAAAAUCUUUCAGGCAGCGUGCCCAUCUUGCCCAGCAUGAGAGAAUUCAUACUAUGGAGUCAUUCUUGACUCCUUCCACUCCCUCACCCGCCAUGUCCAAUCAGUUGCCAAGACCUGUUGGUUUUAUCUCCUAAAUAUGCCUUGAAUCUGACUCCUUUAAUCCAUUUCCAUUCCAUCAUCUUUGUCCAUUACACAGUAAUCUACUUCAUAUGCACUAUGGAAAUAGCUUCUGAUGGGUCUCCCUGUAUUUACCAUUUCCUUUGUCAGUUGCCUCCACUGUGGUCAAACUUGUAUUUUAAGGGUUCAUAUAGCUUCCUCAUCGAUACCCUUCACUGGUACCCCAUAGUUCUUAGGUAAAAGCACACAGUCCUCAGAACAGCCUAAAAGACCCUCCUGCCCCAAAUACCUUGUCCCAGUAUACCUUCCAGUGAACCAAUUUCAUGUCAAAAUCCAUCUCAUUCUUUGGCUAUUUAUCCAGAAUUAAGAACUCAUAUUCCAGCAUCAAACCAAUCUAGGUUCUGAUCCCUGCUCAUCCAUUUUCUAAACCUCUAGUUUCAGAGAAACACUUUGUUCUUUGUAAGGUUCAGUCUUCUUAUUUAUAUUACGGAAAUAAUAGUACUACCUCAAAAGCUGAUGGGAGGAUUAAAUGAGAGAAUGCAUGUAAAUUGCUCAGAGUGCCUAGUAUAAUCAUUUAAUAAAUGUUACCAUAAAAUAAAAAGAUGCUGUGGUAUACAAAGAGGACCUGAUCAUCUCAGAAAGGUUCAUCUGAGAAACAAAAUCAGCAGCAGUUCAAGACUGAAGAGAUUAUAAAGAACUGGGAUUAGGAACAGUUCUGAAGGUGGGUGAUAAGAGUAUCUAACACAGUAGCACUGAUGUUAAAGUCCAUAAUGAUAUAGAGUAAGGCAUGACUUUGUUGGUAAGAAGAACUAACUUCAUUAGAUACUCAACAGUUCUAAGAAGCCAGAUUUUAAAAAUCAGAAGUAAUAAGUAGAAUUUACUGAGAUAUAUUCAUCAUUUGCAGUAAGACAAAGGCAAAAAUAGAUAUUUUUUUUAAAAAGACAGAAAAAUCAAUAACCAAAGAAUAGAAAAUAAAAUAUAAAUUUGAUGCCCUCUCCUAAUUCCAGGUGGUUGAACUAUAUUAAAUCCAUGUUGUUUAAAACUGAAAAUAUUGUUAAGGUAGUUUUAAACUAUAAUUCCUAAAACUAGAGGAGAAGAAAAUUACAGACCAAUACUCAUAAACUGGUGGCCCACAAACAUGUUUGACUUGGUACUCAUCAGGUUUAAGAUGAAUUAAAAAAAAAAAAAGAAUACAAAUAACUUUAUUUGGGCAUGUGUUUUCCAGUUCCACAGUUCAAACCAUUCCUCCUUCCUGUACAUGGGACUUAUUUUACAUUUUGUAUUACUUCCUGACUCCUGGAGGCUUUGAAUAUACAAUCACCUUAGUAACUAAUUCACAUAUGAAUAUAGGUACAAAGGAACUGAUGAAAUGGAGGGUGAAAAUGAAGACUUGAAUAGACACUUUAUCCUGCAGGGGAAGACUAUUCUCAAGAUGUUAAAAGGCCCCAAAUUAAUCUACAGAUUCUUUGUACCUAUCAAAAUCCUAAGAAUUUUUUAAGGUCUGAAACAUUGUGUGCAUGUGAACAUACACACCUAUACAUUCAUACAAACAUAUAUAUAAAUAAAAGUAAUUUGUCAGUGGCUUAACAGUAUCG